CGGUGGGUCCGUGGGAGCCGCUUUUUGGCGAAGCUCCGCUGGCGUCCGAAGCGAAAUGAUUCGGAUUUGCCACCACCGCCACCUCCACCGCCUUCGUCGUCAUCUUCUUCGUCGUCGUCCUCUUCCUCCUCCUCCCCCUCCCCCUCCCCCUCCUCUUCUCAUUUGAUCCCUUGUUUCCGAAACCCUAACCCUAGGGCCCAAGAAUCCCCCCAGGUUACAUGUAAUAAAGCAUUCAUAUGCUUUAUUAUUUGGCCUCUUUUGUUGUAAAGGUACAUGCAUUAUAAAGGCAAGGCACAGACCUGAAGAGUAUGAUGCGUCGCUGGCUUUGCUGCAAUUGUCAGGUGGAUGAGCUUUGUCAUGAACAUGAGAAUGAAUAUCUUAAGAGCCCAUCCAAUAACAUAGAUGGAAACCUGAAAGGUCCAAAGACUUCUGCUGGUGUCAAAAGCAAACAGCAAACGGCACCUCCUCCCAUUGAAGUCCCUGCGUUGUCAUUGGAAGAACUGAAAGAGAAAACGGACAAUUUUGGGUCAAAAGCUUUGAUUGGUGAAGGAUCAUAUGGUAGAGUGUACUACGCGGUUUUAGAUAAUGGGAAGCAUGUGGCAGUUAAAAAACUUGAUGUUACAUCUGAGCCUGAGUCGAACACUGAAAUUUUGACCCAGGUCUCAAUUGUAUCAAGAUUGAAGCAUGAAAAUUUAGUUGAAAUGCUCGGUUAUUGUGUUGAAGGAAAUCUCCGUAUAUUGGCAUUUGAAUUUGCAACCAUGGGUUCUCUACAUGAUAUUUUACAUGGAAGAAAAGGGGUCCAAGGUGCACAACCUGGUCCUGUGCUUGACUGGAUACAGCGUGUGAGAAUAGCUAUCGAUGCAGCAAAAGGGUUAGAGUAUCUCCAUGAGAAGGUUCAGCCGUCCAUAAUACAUCGGGAUAUCAGAUCGAGCAAUGUUCUUUUAUUUGAGGAUUUCAAGGCAAAAAUCGCCGACUUCAAUCUCUCAAACCAGGCUCCUGACAUGGCUGCUCGCCUUCAUUCCACCCGUGUCCUGGGAACCUUCGGUUAUCAUGCACCUGAGUAUGCCAUGACUGGGCAGCUGACUCAGAAAAGUGAUGUGUAUAGUUUUGGAGUCGUUCUUUUAGAACUUCUGACGGGAAGGAAGCCGGUAGAUCAUACUAUGCCUAGAGGUCAGCAGAGUCUUGUUACUUGGGCAACUCCAAGGUUGAGUGAGGACAAGGUCAAACAAUGUGUAGAUCCAAGGUUGAAGGGGGAGUACCCUCCAAAAGGAGUUGCUAAGCUCGCUGCUGUAGCGGCCCUUUGUGUGCAAUAUGAAGCUGAGUUUAGGCCCAACAUGAGCAUUGUAGUGAAGGCACUCUCUCCCCUUCUUGUAAAUAAGCAAGCCCCGCCACCCGCUGCUCCAUCUGUUCCUGCUCCUGAUGCUUGAAAUUUCGUAUUCAGCGUAUAGAGAACAAAAACUAAAUCAUUUCGUUGUUUGCUCUUCAUCUUCUCCGAGUUCCAUCAGUAUUGUCGGUCCACAUUCCGAAUCCUCUGUCUGUGUGUGUGUGUGUGUGUCUUGCUAAUCUGCGUUGUUGUUCAAUGAUUUUGUCUCCUUUUUGUGCUUUUCAGGGUUUGCCUUUUCCUUCUUUUCUUCUUUUUCUUUUUCUAUUUCUUUUUCUCUUUUUCCUGUCAUUGAGAUUCUUGUGAAUGAGGUUUUUUGUGCUUUUAGAAAUUUCAUCGGCUUUUGUGUGGGAUCAUAUCCAGUGUUUCUGAAGUCUUGUAUAUGUGACUCAAGAAGUCUUUUAAUGGACUUACUGUUUUCAUAUCAUAA